AUGUCGUCCUGCCUGUCCCUGGAUGCUGGCAGCCCGUCCGCGUCCGCCGUCCGCGCCGCCCCGGCCCGCCACCCGCCGCCCGCCCCGGCCUCCGGCAGCCCGUCCGCGCCGCCUCGGCUCUCCGGCCGCCCGCCAUCGGCCGGCCGCGUCUCGUUCGAGCCAUCACCGUCGUCCACCCUUCCUCCCCCAUCCGCCGCCCUAGAUGUCGUCGCCGGGUACCCGUCCCCCACCACCGUAACGAAUGUUGCCUCGGCGUCGUCCGUGGGGCUCCUGUCCGUGGAACCGAGCUGCAAGCCAGAGAACUUCGCAUGGAGGGACCGACGAAGGAGGCAGCGCGAGAGGGAAGCGGCGUCAUAG